AAGGACAAACGGUCUCGUUUCUGGGGGGUGUACAAACGAGUCGCAGAGGAACAUGACGGCGAGUUCCUUGAGCGAUACACUACUGAGGCGGGCGGCAUCAGAGAACCUUCUGGUCUUUUCUCGGCUGUCAGCACGGCUUUCAUCGUCGCGAUGGAGUCUAAUCUCAGUCCCGACCCCAGCGACAUCACGAAUUCCCUUUUGAAGCAACUCGUGCAGAUCGGACUCGGCAACCUCGUUGAGGCGGGCACCGCUCCCGCAGACCCAGCAUCUACAUGGUCGCCAUCUGCGUCGGCUGUGAGGAUCCAAUUGGUCGCAUACGCAAGCUUGUCCAUGAGCUUGCUCGCUGCAUUCGGGGCGGUACUAGGCAAGCAGUGG